AAGCUCCUAUAUAAACUCCUCCUCCUCUUUGCUUCGAUAAUUAACACAGCCAAGCCCCGCCGCACCAGCAGCAGAGAGUUCUGAUUUGACACUCGGGUGAAGCAGCAAGAGAGCAAGUGCAGAAGAAAAAUGGCGUCCCCUCGUCGUCGCAUGGCGGCCGCGCCCGCCGCCGCCCUCCUCAUCCUGCUCCUCCUCGUCGCCACGGAGAUGGGGACGGCGGAGGCCCGGACGUGCGAGUCGCAGAGCCACAGGUUCAAGGGCGCCUGCUUCAGCGACAGCAACUGCGCCAGCGUGUGCCGCACCGAGAACUUCCCCCGCGGCCAGUGCAACACGCACUACGUCGAGCGCAAGUGCUACUGCGAGCGGGACUGCUGAGCUAAUUCCGUCGGCGGAUGGACGCUUGUUCGUUCGUGUGUUAGGAUGACGAGAAAUAAAAGUUGUGUUGCCUCUUCAUCUGCAUGCAUGCGUGUAUCUAGGUGAAGAUCGGUCCGGGAUGCAUGUGGCUUCUCUGUGUUGUGUGUUGUGUUGUGUUGGAUUCAGUUAGUGUUGGCUUAUGAGACCGGCUUUUCUACCAUGCACGGGACGUACCGUGCAUAGCUGAGCACUUAAUACUUUUGGGUGGGAUCCAUGUCACUUUUUCCACGGAGAUGUUUGAUAUAUUUUUAAUUCUC